AUGUUUUCCAUGGUGCCCCGAUCAACGCCUUGGAAGAAGGCAGACAAGAAGAAACAGCAUUACGAUGGGGAUCCGCCACAAACUGUACCAUUGCAUAUGUAUGAAAAACUUCAGCUACAACUGAUGGAGACUAUUGACGCUCUGUCGGAGAGGGAUUCCGAAGUGUCCUCUCUCACUUCACGCAUCAAGAUUCAGACAGCAAACUCGUCAGUGCUCACGUACAAACUUGAUGCUCUGGAGAAUACGAUCGAGGAGAAAGACAGCGAGAUUGACAAACUCAAGCAAGAGUUAUCAGUCUUACGGGGAAAUGGACCAACUGAACUUCAAGUCUCGAAGAAGAAAGAAAAGAAGGAGAAACAAAAGAAAUCCAAGUCGAAAUCUAAUCAAUCAGACUCGCAUGGUCUCAAAAAAUCUGGCAAAAAGAAGAAGAAAAACCUCAAGAGAAUCACCUUGCAUAAUCAUGAGCUCUCAAAGGCGAGUGAACAAGGCGACAAGCAACCUUUAUUAGCAACUACAAAGUGCGGAAGCGUUGGAUCGAAUUCCGAAGACUCAUCAGACCGAGGUAUGAAUGGGUCGAUGACCAAGCCAUUGGAGGCUCAACAUGAAUUUGAGAACAAUGUGGUAGAUCGUGGUACAGGUCCAGAAGACGUGAAGGAAGAACCCCAAGACGAUAGUAUGCAUUCACAAGCCAACCUAUGCUACAGUCCUGGGCAGGGACUCAGUAGACGCCAGACACUGCCGCCAUCUCAUCGCUUUUGGAAGUUUCGGUCUCCUCAACUGGUCAGUCCGUCCAUGUCAGAUAGACCAUUUCUGGAUCCAACGAUGUUGGAGAUGAUUGAUGAAGUUUCAGACUUGACAAGAAGCUAUCGCAGUGAGUUUAGCGUGUCAAUAUGGUCGCCAAGUCCAAUUGUGAAGAGGAGAGAGAUCGUCAUGAGUGAAGCUGACAAGGCUGCGAUUGGAAUCAGUGGUCUAGUAGUUGGUGAUAAUGUUCAGAUGCCUCGCCGAGGCAGUAUUGAUAGUGGAAUACAUGACAAUUUUACCAAGCUCGUCAGAUCCAACUCGCUGAAAGAAGGCAAUAGUGGAAUUCAUGAGAACUUUACCAAGCUCACUCUAUCCAACUCGCUGAAAGAAGGUAAAGCAUGGAUGCAAAUGGCUGAAACUUCAAUUGUCGAAGAAGAAUCAAUAGAAGAAGAAUCGGUUGAAGAAGAAAUUACUGAUGAGAGUGAUGGCGACGAAGAUACUACAUGCGAAGACAUCCUGGAAGAUGACAGCAUUGCGUCGUCCAGCAUGUCAUGUUGA